UCUUAUUUUUCUAUUUUUUUUCCUUUCCACUCACAGUAACACGUUGAAAUUUAUGUACUGUCUACUCUUCUCUCUCAUAUCACUCGCCUCGCACUCCCUCUCUUUCUCAUUCUCUCAUUCGUUCUUCCUCUCUCAGGCGCGAAGGAGUGGAUGCAACAAUCUGGGUGCUUAGCAGAGGAGUGGCUUUCGACGGUGCCAUGGGUGCGUCUGGGAUGGAGGGAAUAUUUGGUUGAUUUGCUUGAGAUGGCAGGAGUACUUAGCCAGCCAGACUCUUCACUUAAUAGUGCAUUGUCCAUUUCAGUUUCUUCACCACUUUGCCAUCCUAAAUUUAAAUCUGUCAAGACUGUUCAGAACUUUCAGAUGUUGGCAAAACUUUAUUUCAUUGAAUUUGGAUCUCUGUCUCUUGCUUUUGACGACAAUUCUUCUGUGGUUGCUUGGAUAAACUUUUAAGGAGGCCGGAUGCUGGAGUUAUACUUGAUGAAAGGCUUCGGCUGAAUAUGGCUUACGAUGUGGUAAUGUCUCAGUGUGAUUAGUUGCUUUUUGUUUCUAUGUUUCUAGGCAAACUUUUGAAAAAUUUGAUGAACCUAAAAUUAAAAAAAGAACUUUUUUAUAAUGUGCAGGUCUAUAAUGAGAUGCAUUUCUUUGGCGCAAUACUCGACAACAUUGGUAGUUGAAGUUUUUAGAAUAAAAUGUAUAUUUCACUAACUUUGUAUAAAUUUCUUGUUUAAUAUUUGGUGAUGAUAGAAUUUUACUGUAGUAUAAACUAUCAUGUAAUAUGAUUUUGUAAGCCGAGUAGACUAAAUAUUGAAAUUAUACUUUUGAGUAAUUAAUAAAAAAUUAUUUUUGUUGUA